AUGACCAAAGCUGAUUUGGUGAACAACCUUGGAACAAUUGCAAGGUCUGGUACCAAGGAAUUCAUGGAGGCGUUGGCUGCUGGAGCUGAUGUUAGCAUGAUUGGGCAGUUUGGUGUUGGUUUCUACUCGGCUUACCUUGUUGCUGAUAAGGGGAACGAAGAUGACCUUUACCUCAAGGAAGACCAGUUGGAGUACCUUGAGGAGAGGAGGCUUAAGGAUUUGGUCAAGAAGCACUCUGAGUUCAUCAGCUACCCGAUCUCUCUCUGGAUUGAGAAGACCAUUGAGAAGGAGAUUUCUGAUGAUGAAGACGAGGAAGAGAAGAAGGAUGAGGAAGGCAAGGUCGAGGAGGUAGAUGAGGAGAAGGAGAAGGAGGAGAAGAAAAGAAGAAGAUCAAGGAGAGGAGAUCAACAAGGAGGAGUACGCCGCUUCUACAAGAGUCUCAGCAAUGACUGGGAAGAGCAUUUGGCUGUGAAGCACUUCUCUGUUGAAGGGACAGCUCGAGUUCAAGGCUAUCCUUUCGUUCCCAAGAGAGCUCCUUUCGAUCUCUUUGACACCAAGAAGAAGCCAAACAACAUUAAGCUCUACGUCCGUCGUGUCUUCAUCAUGGACAACUGUGAGGACAUCAUCCCAGAAGAGACUUUGCAGCAGAACAAGAUCCUCAAGGUCAUCCGCAAGAACCUUGUGAAGAAGUGCCUUGAGCUCUUCUUUGAGAUUGCUGAGAACAAGGAGGACUACAACAAGUUCUACGAGGCAUUCUCCAAGAAUCUGAAGCUCGGCAUCCACGAGGACUCUCAGAACAGAACCAAGAUCGCUGAGUUGCUCCGUUACCACUCAACCAAGAGCGGUGAUGAAUUGACCAGCCUCAAGGACUACGUGACGAGGAUGAAGGAAGGUCAGGAGGACAUCUUCUACAUCACCGGUGAGAGCAAGAAGGCUGUGGAGAACUCUCCAUUCCUCGAGAAGCUCAAGAAGAAGGGGUACGAAGUCCUUUACAUGGUUGAUGCCAUUGACGAGUACGCCAUUGGUCAGCUCAAGGAGUUUGAGGGAAAGAAGCUCGUCUCUGCAACAAGGAAGGUCGAGAAGGUUAUCGUCUCUGACCGUGUGUGGACUCACCUUGCUGUCUUGUCACCGGCGAGUACGGCUGGACCGCGAACAUGGAGAGGAUCAUGA